GAGAGCAGCGUAGCAGCAGCUGUUAGCUGCUCACUGCGAGAGAUGCUCCCACCGGGCUGACGUGAAACAAUUGUGCGAAGCUUUUCACUGGCGCGUUUAUGUAGACGCUAGACCGUUGCGUGGAUCGCAGCGCGGUAUAUACCGUCUUGUUUAGACAUUUGCAGAACGGUUAGAGCUAUGGAUUUCGCUGAUGGUAUGGCCGAGAUGUUCGCGAUGAUGUACGUCGGCGACGAGGACGACGACGUGCCGAUGAAGCCGCUGCCGGAGCCGCCCAAGGCCGAGGUGAAUGGCGGCCGCGUGCUACAUCUGUCCUGCGGUGCGCUGCUCGUCGGCUUCACGUGCAUCUGCCUCGAGGUCGUCAAGAACAUCUAUGACGUCAGCUUCUUCCACAAGGACAGCAACGUCUACUUGACUAUAAUGGUGCCGCUGACGGGCGUCGUCGGCGUCAUCGCAUCGCGCAAGAUGCGCAAGUGGGUCUACGUGCUACUGCUCUACACGAUCAUACCGACAGCGAUCACCUGCUUCAUACUGCUCGUGCGCAACGCGUUCAUCGUCUACUACCUGUCGCACGACGGCGCCGAGUUCCAAAGCAGCGGUACGAACGUCGACGGCAUGUCUGCGCCGGACUACUACGAGCAGUUUCGCACCAAGUUCAAGAUCUACCACGCCGUCGCCAUCGCCGCCUGCACGUGCCAAUCGAUAGCCGUCUUCACGAUCACGUGGCUCGGCUACUACGCGUUCAAGAUCUUCCAGGUCGCCUGCUCGAUCUGCCGCGAUAAUCUUGGCACGAUAGAGAACGACUAGCGGCGCGUGGCCGAGACGAGAGAGAAGGAAGACUCCGAGCGACUCCAUGUGCGCGCGUGUAAGACGUUUUUGCGCGCACGCGCGCGCAUGCGCGGAUGCAUGGGAUUUCUUCGAUGCUGGCGCACUCUGGCGACAAACGUCCUCGCCGGUCAGCGGUUCUCGGUUUCGGGAACAUGGCGGCCGCUGAAGGAAAACCACGAGGGGGAGCCACGAGUGAGAGCUAACGCGCACUACCGGAUCGGUACCUGUAAGGUCAUGUUCGACUGCAUCAAGACAUGCAUACACGCGCGAGCGCACGCAGGUGCAAACACUCACGCACGAGCGCUCACAGGCACGAACACGCACAAUCUCGCGCACGCACGAACGCAUGAACACACGCGCGCACACAUGAACAGACUCACGAACAAUAACACACGCUGACAGAUAGGCACGAACACACGCAUACGCGCAAGUACGCGAACACACACACGCAUGCAUGCGUAAA